GCGUUGCAGAGAUUUCUAUGAAGCAGUUACACGUUGUUCCGCCACAGCCACCGAGUUUGAAGCAAGAUCGAACUCGCUGUGACACCCGCCGAAGGUCGUCCACAGAUCCUGCCUCGGAAGUGGAAUCGAAUCGCAUUGCAUUGUUGCGUGGAGGUCGGCAAUGGCGUGUGCUGGUGCAGCUGUGGUGAAUGUGGCCGCAUUCCAGCAGUGCAAACAAUUCGGCAUUGCUUCGUCAACUCCCGUUGGCUCGGAUAGGAGAGUCCCGACCAUCCUGAGAGCACUGAAUAGCUCUUCACUUGGGAAGCAAGGCGUUGGUUCCAGGUCCUCGUACUUAGGAACACAAGUGCAAGAGACGCAGCAUAUGCAGUCGACGAGAAAGGGAGCGGGUAUUGGGGGUAGUGCACGGGCUGCGAUAUACAUUGACAAUGAGAUUUACACAGAGGAGGCAGAGACACAGGGAUCGGUGACAUCUCUACCAACCACGCAGAAAGGGUGGACUUACAGUGAGUAUGGAUCGAAAGACGUCCUGAAAUUCGAGGACAUUCCAAUGCCCGAGGUGAAGCCAGACGAAGUUUUAGUGAAGGUGCAAGCUGCAGCGCUCAAUCCCGUGGAUUCCAAACGGAUGUCGGGGAAAUUCAAGAACACGGAUUCUGAGCUUCCUCAUGUACCCGGCUACGACGUUGCGGGAGUAGUUGUGAAAGUAGGCUCCGACGUGACCAAGUUCAAGGAGGGUGACGAAGUUUACGCCGACGUUUCCGAAGCUCCAUUGAACAAUCCUAGGCAGGUUGGAUCAUUGGCACAAUUCACUGCGGUUGAGGAGAAGCUUCUAGUAAUCAAGCCCGCUAACUUGAGUUUUGCUGAAGCAGCAAGCCUUCCUCUUGCGGUUCUAACUGCCCAAGAAGCACUGGAUAGGGCUGGCCUUACGGAAGGACAAACUAUAUUUAUUAACGGAGGAGCUGGAGGUGUUGGAAGUCUAGCCAUCCAGUUGGCGAAGAAUGUGUACGGAGCAUCACAAGUGACAACUACGGCAAGCACUGGAAAGUUGGAAUUCGUGAAGAGUCUCGGAGCAGACAAAGUCAUUGAUUAUAAGAACGAAAAAUUCGAGGAAGUCUCGGAGAAGUAUGAUGUCGUUUUAGAUUGUGUUGGAGAAUGCGCCAAAUGCGUGAAGAUUGUGAAGGAGGGCGGUGCAGUUAUCGCGUUGACAGGAGCCCUGGAGCCUCCGGGUGUUCGCUUUGUGGUCACUUCCAAUGGCGAAAGUCUGGCUAGGUUAACCCCUUACCUUGAAAGUGGGAAAGUGAAGCCCAUUAUUGAUCCCAAGGGCCCUUUCAAAUUUUCAGAGUUGGUUGAAGCAUUUGAGUACCUCGACACAGGACGAGCAACUGGAAAGAUCGUUGUAGCACCCAUCGAAUGAGGCACUAAAACAUGUAGAAUGUACAGGCUCAUUACAUACCACAUAACCACCUUGGACAGACGUUUUUGAUGCUCUCGUAUCCAUGUCGGUUCCACUAUGUGGAGGUAACUGGUGUGAAAAAGGAGCACAACAAAUGUUACUGCAUUGCCAUUUUUGGUUUUUAGUCCAAACGUGAUGUGGGGUAGUGUGUCUACGAACAUGCACACUGUCGUUAAAUUUGUUGGCUACAUCAGAUACGUAGAUAUGAACGAGUGUACUCCAUGUAGUUAUCAUGCAAGCAGAAUGUUUCUCAGGGCGGUUUGAAAUUUUCAUUGUGUAAUCUUUUCUCUUGAGCGUGAAAUUUAAACUUAAUGAAUUUCUUUAUUUACA